GACCAACUGAGCUUUGUCAGCAUGGAGUCUUCGAGGUGGGCGCGAGUCAAGAGUCAAACGCCGAGGCUGCCGAUUGCGGAAGCUCUGACCGGCCGUUCGUGAAUGCGCCUCAUGUUUCACGCUUGCAGCAUUCUCGAGCCACACAUCAGCAGCUGUGGUAGUGGACGAUGUUUCGUACAUGCACUUUCCCGGUGAUGGAUGGUUAAGCUUGCUGGAGGGACUUGCAGCACCAUUACAGUUCUAUUGUACGGACUGAAUUAGUGCAGUCAGGCAUCAUGGCAGCCGCCCACGCGCCACUCGACGAGAUCGUAGCGCGUCGUGAUGAAGUGAUUCAAUGGUGGAUGGAGGCGGACAACAACGUGCCACAUCCACGCUAUCCUAUGGAAGAGCGGAUGAUCCAUCGCUACUUCAGUACUCUCCAGUAUUUUGAUCACUCCUCGAAGAAUGGCCUCUUCUUUCUACAGUCAGAGGUAAAUCCGGACUUCUAUGCACUCGUACACGACCGAAAAGGAUUCGAGGAUCGGCUACGUGAAAGGCCGGGCCUCGAAUAUGUCAUUGCUGGUGUGCCUCAACAAGCUGUGGGUGCGCCUGCAGGAGAGAAUAGCGCAGUCUGGGUGAUCAGGAAGCAAGAACGCUUGGACGAGAGGAUAGAGGGUAUCGACCCAAGCACGCCAUAUCCUAAGACAGAAACCAGAGGGACGUACUAUAUCGUCAACGAGAAUGCGUACCAGGCGCCCAGUGUAGCCGAUGUAGUGGGCAACAGGAUGCUCUCUGCCAUGUCAAGCCUGGAGAAAGCGUUUGGCAAGGCGAAGGAUCUGCCAUCUUUUACGCCUGCCACCGGUUACACGUAUCUGCCGCCAACAAACAAACCGGUGGCCACCACUGCUUCGAGCCAAGCUUCGCCGACGAGGUCACGCGAGGGCAGCGUUGCCCCAGGCGUGAGCAUCGAUAACAGCUCUGUGCGCUCCGGCUCCGCCGCACCUGAGAGCCAUGCUAGCGGCACAGCUGUAAUUAACGACCCACAGGGCUCUCGACUGCUCGCGCAAAGCUUACAGAUGAGCGUCCAAUUUGGCGAGGAGUUCAUGGACGAAAACCCAAUCAUUGGUGAGCCUGGAAGCUUCAGAUUCACUUCCACUCUCACAGCCGUCAAGAAGCGGAAGGCAGACGAGGAAGCAUCAAUAGCUGCGACAGUAAACGCUACUGAGUCGAACCACCCUUUAUCUGUAGCUUCUGCGCCUUCCCCAGCAAAGGCACCUACGCCACCUCCGGUCUUCUCUGAAGCGAAGACCGCUGCGAAUGCCAAGGCAGAGAGGGAGAAGAGGAAGGAGGAGAAAAGACGCAAGAAGAGUCGCGCAAACCUUACCGGUAGCGGAACCACUCCGACUACGCCUGGUAGCAGCGCAAGUGCGUUGCCAAUCAAUGCCGGUUGACACUAUUUUGUCCUUCGCACCAUACUUAUUAGGAUGUGAGGUGUCAGCAGACCAUCCAAGGUUGUAGGCCGUGUCAGCUUUAGGCGUAAACAUGACAAGCCGCAUGAUUCGGGACGAUCUGGGAGCACUGGCUAGGAAGCUCGUCGUGACUGACACGACCAGUAACGAUACUGUGAGGCGUCACGGUACAACGCUACUGCUAGGUACCUUGGAUGACGAAUAUGAAUCGCGAAGCAGCAGGAUCCAACUUUCCCACCUCCGAGACGGUCGGCCUUGGCAUGAUGGAUCGGCUCUGCUGACACGAAACGCCACUGUCUGCACGCAA